UUGACAUUAAAACUGCGAUCGAGAGGAGACAAAUGUCAGCGCCAGGCAAUUCUCUGACGCCUCCCAUCGAGGACGGAGAGACUUGAUUUCGGACGCCUUCUUCGAAUCCGAUAUGUCGGCCAGACGCAGCAGCCGUGAGCGGCCACCCACAAACCUUGCGCCAAAUCCAAGUAUUGGAGGGACCUCGGCGCAACAAUCACGUAUUACUCCUCGAAACUCUGACGGUGACCAGACAAUUGCAAGUGCGGCAGUAAAGGAAACGCCGUGGCGAACGUUGAACCAACUUGCCAAUAUUCCUAGACCAACGACUCCGUUGCGCCGGGCUUCGAGUGCUGGUCCACCAUCAACCCGAAGAUCUGGCCGACGAACACCCUCUGGCCAGGCUAGAACUCCUGGCGCGCAGAGAAUAUUGGGUUCAGCAAAAAGGCCGAUCGCGAUUACACCUCAUGGCAGGGCUGCACAGCGAGAAUUGGACCAGCGAAGAGCUGGAUUCACACCGGGAAAGGAUAGGAGGAGAAGUGGCAGACAACAGAGGGAAACGCCUUUGGGGAUUCUCAGAGCAUUGAGUAGACAACUAGCACCGAAGUCACUACCCAUUGUGCCCACGCCUCAGGGUCCAAAUGCCUCGACAAGGCUAAAUGUCCAAAGGGGAGAUGACUUGGAUGAUGAGCCUGACAUGGAGCGACCACGCCUGUCUCUCCCAAUGGGGGAGGAUGAAGAUGAGGACGAUAGUUUCUUGGUGCCACCUCGAUCCGCUGGGCUAGAAGAUGAGAAUUUUACAGUCCAAUCUGUUGAACUUCCUCGGAGAGCUGCCAGUGAGCUGCCUCCUGGGAGACUUUCACGAGGUAGUUUUGGUAGUGUGCGUAUGAGCGAUGUGUUUGCCGACUUGAAUGAUCCCGGAAUGGUCGCAGAUGGAUAUGAUUCCAGCUACUUGGCCGGUGGUCGAUUCGGCGGAGACGAUGAUAUCCCAGGCAUGGAAGAAGAUCUCGCACUCCAAGGGGAAAAUACAGGAACGCUGAGGGGUCGCAUUUCUCUCGCAUCUGGGAGAGAAAGCGACAUUCGACCACAGAUACUGGCAGCAGAUGACACGGAAACAACAUUUGUCCUCACGGUCCCACAAAGGGAUCCUUCACAGGAGCCAGAACUUGAUGAGCCUCUGGACUUGCCAAAUUUCGAGAAUGAUCAAGCCCCUGAUGAAGAGAAUAAAGUGGAGGAAUUGGAGGAGACCGAUGAUGAGGAGCCAGAACCACAAGGAAGUCCCGAGGGGCUAUCCGGCGACAUCAGCAUGCAAGAUACAACCCAACAAGAUGUAGAGAUUGUUGAUGCACAACGACGGAAGGUAGUUCGGAAGAAGAAACUCAAGGUUUCAAAACAUGGCAUCCAGUAUCCCUCCCUUCCUGCGGGAGUAGUGAAGAAACUAGCAACAACUUUUGCAAGAACAGCGGGCAACAGUAAAGCCAAGAUCAACAAAGAGGCUUUGGAAGCAAUUAUGCAAGCGUCGGACUGGUUUUUCGAGCAAGUCAGUGACGACUUGGGAGCCUAUGCUAAGCACGCUGGCCGCAAGACGAUUGACGAAAGUGAUAUUGUUACACUCAUGGCUAGGUAUGUCGAAGUCCCUGUCAAAUAAGUUGAUGUUUUUCCUGAUCUAAUUUACAUCUGUACAGACAACGCCAGACAAAUGCUACAACGACGCCGUUUUCGCUUGCUCAGAGACAUUUGCCUCGAGAGCUUUUGCAAGAACUACGGAUGGUACCUCCUUCUAAAUUCAAGAAGGGAGGUUGACUUGAAAGAGUUGACGAGGCGGACGAGGAUUGAGGGGAUCGUCUAGGACUUUACGACUUUAUGACCAGUCUUUGUUUUGUCUGACACGACGGGCUAUAUCGGCAGGGGGUUUCUUCACGACCAUCCAUAGCAUUAUGGAAGUCGCUGCUGCGAGAGCGUACCUGGGCGAUGGCGUUAGGUUUACUGCAUGUAUAGGUGUUUAUGGGCUGGGUAUGCUGCUUACCAUGUGAAGAUAUACUGCGUGUGAUUAUUUCUGAGAUUGACCUCAGCGGCUCUUCCAAUUGGAAUACCUCGAGCCUCCCAUUCCCAAGCUUUCAACAAAUCAGGAUCUGCAA